AUGUCUGAAACCGCUUUCGCCCAAACAUUUCUGGCAUCGCUAGAGUCGCGGCCUAUCCGACUCUCUGCUGACCAUGUCGAAGACCCCAAGACUUACCCUGCUCGACCACCUUACAUCAUCCCCCGCAUGCCCAAGGCCAUGAGCAAACCCAACAACCUUGCUCCCGGCUCCGAACGAAGCAUCACCGUGUCACUCAAGUCACUUCGCAACCCUCCUCUGAGCAUCAAGCUCGCUUCUCAAUCCCUAGACACCUCAAUCCUGGACAUCAAGGCCAACAUCGAGAAGCAGACAAGGAUACCCGCCGCCAAGACUAAGUUGUUGCACAACAAGAAGCCUAUCCCUGAUAGCAAGAUUCUUAAGGACCUACUAGGUGAGACGGAUAUGUCUAUUGAGUUUACGGUUAUGGUUAUUGGAGGUGCCGCUGCUAUUCCACCAGAAGAGCCUGAGGCCACCCCUGAGGCCCAACCCGUAGGCGCCCAAGCCUUACAGACGGAGGCCUUCUGGAGUGACCUGAAAGGAUUCUUGAUGCAACGACUAAAAGAUGAAGCCGAGGCCGAACGUCUCUCUGGGCUUUUCAAAUCAAGUUGGGAGUCGAAUCAAGCAAACCCAUAG